AAGCAAGGUUUCGGUCGCCAGAUUCCGGGGAAACACAGGAAACCGUGUGUCAGAAAACUGCCCGUGGACAACAUGACCCGUCAACCUCAAAACUCCCUUUCCCCCUCCUCUGCGCGCGACCGUCUUUCCUCCCUCAAUCAUCACAUCAUGGGCGCUUCCAAUCCCUCUGUUUUCACCGCGGCCACCGUGGCUGCCGCUCCCGAAGAUCCUCUCUUCGGUUUAAUGAAAGCCUACCGCGAAGACCCUUCCGAUAAGAAGGUCGACCUGGGCAUCGGUGCCUAUCGCGACAACAAUGCGAAGCCCUGGAUCCUGCCCGUCGUCAAGAAGGCUGAUGACGCCAUUCACAACGACCCUGCCCUCAACCACGAGUACCUCUCCAUCGGCGGUUUGCCAGGGUUCACCCUAGCAGCACAGAAGCUCGUCGUCGGCGGCGAUAGCCCCGCGAUUCGCGAGAAACGGAUCUGUUCCCUGCAAACCAUUUCGGGAACCGGCGCUGUCCAUCUGGGUGGUCUCUUCCUCUCCAAGUUCCACCCCCAGAAGCCCUCCAUUUACCUCUCCAACCCGACAUGGGCCAAUCACAACCAGAUCUUCACCAACGUCGGCCUGAAGCUCGCCAACUAUCCCUACUUCUCGCCGACGACCAAGGGCCUUGACUUCGACGGCAUGCUGCAGGCGCUGCGGGCGGCGCCGGCAGGCUCCAUCAUCCUGCUGCACGCCUGUGCCCAUAACCCCACCGGUGUCGACCCAACCCAGGACCAGUGGAAGCAGAUCGCCUCCGUCAUGCGCGAGCGCAGCCACUUCCCCUUCUUCGACACCGCGUACCAGGGCUUCGCGUCCGGCGACCUGACCCGUGACGCAUGGGCCAUCCGCUACUUCGUCGAGCAAGGCUUCGAGCUGUGCGUUGCCCAGUCCUUCGCCAAGAACUUCGGUCUCUACGGUGAGCGUACUGGUGCUUUCCACUUCGUCUCCGCACCCGGCGCCGAUGCCUCCACUGCCAACUCCAACAUCGCUAGCCAGCUGGCGAUCCUGCAGCGCUCUGAGAUCUCGAACCCGCCUGCCUAUGGCGCCCGCAUUGCUAGCAAGGUCCUCAAUGACCCUGCUCUCUUUGCGCAGUGGGAGGAGGAUCUCCGCACUAUGAGCGGUCGUAUCCAGGAGAUGCGCCGUGGUCUGCGUGAGCGUCUGGUUGCCAAGGGUACCCCCGGUAACUGGGAUCAUAUUACCAGCCAGAUUGGCAUGUUCAGCUUUACUGGCCUGUCCGAGGCGCAGGUAAUGACGCUACGGGAGAAGUGGCACGUUUACAUGACCAAGAACGGCCGUAUCUCCAUGGCCGGUUUGAACACAAAUAACAUCGACUACUUCGCCGAGGCAGUCGACAGCGUCGUCCGCGAAGGCUAA